AUGAAAAUUAAUGAUGAAGCAGAUAAAAAGAAUUCAACGUUAACCUCAUCAAGAGGAAAUAAUAAAAAGAAUGAUAACGAUUAUUCAGUAGCACGUGAAUUUGCAAAUUUACAAUCAGUGGCAGCCAGUAAAAAGAAAUCAAAAUCCAAUAGAGAUUCACUUGCAUUUCGUGAUUCACCAGGUAAACCGGGCACAAAGAGAUUCAAUCGUUAUUUAAAUACUCAAUUCUUAAAGACCGCUGGUAGUUUAGGUGGUGGUAAUGGUGACAUUGAAAUGGAUUACACUUUUUAUGAACAAAGAAAUACUCUCUUUUAUCAAGAUCAACAAAAUUCAAAAUACUAUCAAGAUAAUUGUGUAAACAUCUCAUGCGAUCAAGAACAAGAAAUUCUAAAUAGUUGUUUAUCAUCUUCAAAGAAAUCAAAUUCAAGAAAAAAGAAUACAACCAACGCCAACAUCACCGCCAACACUAAUGAAGAUAAUGAACUAUUUUCAAAAUUAAAAAAGAAUUUAAGACCUUUCUUUAAGAAAUCAUUUUUAUUGGAUAGUUUAUUCACUCAAGAGACAGAGAAAGAGAUUUUAUCAUUCAUCAGAGGUGAUGAUUGCUUUUAUAGAAAUACUCCAUCCAAUACAAUGGAGUUUAAUCAAGAGAACCCAGCAAAGAGAUUAAUUAUCCAUGGUUUAGCCUCUUACUAUUCAUUACAAAGUAGAAGUCAUACCAACAAUAAUGGUAAACGUAUUCUUGUCCUUAGAAAACAAAAAUCAAUGCCACCUCUUCCUGAACAAACAAUCGUUCAAUAUUUAAUCUCUGAAUCAAAGAAACAAGCUAUCCAGGUUCAUCAAGUUCAAAGAAAAAAAGUUAUUAAAAAAUCACAAUCAAUUUAUAUUAAAAAAAGAGUUUUAACAACACCUGUAAUCAUCUCUGCUGAUAUUCCAAAUUCUAAUGAUUAA